GGCAAAAAUUUCUUGACCUCUGAAAAGGAAAGAACACAUUUUCUAAAUGUCUGCCAGAAAGAGGGUGGAUCUGAGUUAGAGUUGUCCCAGACUUCCCUGAGAGCUGCUAUUUCAUAGUGGUUCUGUUGGACACAACAACAGUACUGGGAGAACUGGACUGGAAAACCUUUCCCGUCAAUGGGUGGGAUGCCAUCACAGAGAUGGAUGAACAGAACAGACCUAUUCACACCUUUCAAGUUUGCCAUGUGAUGGAGCCAAACCAGAACAACUGGCUGCGGUCUGGAUGGAUCCAGCGACAAGCUGCUCAACGGGUAUACGUGGAGCUACGUUUCACCCUGAGGGACUGUAACUCCAUUCCCUGGGUCUCUGGCACGUGUAAGGAAACCUUCAACCUCUUUUAUCUGCAGACAGAUGAACCGCUUCCUGGAAGAACGCGCUUUCGCUCCACUGACUACGCCAAGGUGGACACUAUUGCAGCAGAUGAAAGUUUCACACAAACAGACCUUGGAGAUCGUGUUCUUCGUCUCAACACAGAAGUCAGGGAGGUGGGACCCGUCACAAAGAAGGGCUUCUACUUAGCUUUUCAAGACGUGGGCGCUUGUAUUGCCCUUGUGUCUGUCAAGGUGUUCUACAAACGUUGCCCAUCGACUUUAAGGAAUCUGGCAGAAUUCCCUGAAACAGUGCCACACAUGGACUCAUCGUCUCUGGUGGAAGUGAGGGGGGCUUGUGUGGAGAACGCAGAGGAGAGGGACACACCCAAACUUUACUGCGGUGCCGAUGGAGACUGGCUGGUUCCAUUGGGACGUUGCAUCUGUAGAAUCGGCCAUGAGGAGAUGGAUGACCACUGCCGAGCUUGUAAACCUGGCUACUUCAAGGCGUUUGCUGGGAACACUAAAUGCUCCAAAUGUCCUCAGCACAGCUCCAGCCAUGACCAGGCAGCCACAAUCUGUCACUGCAAUAAAGGCUUCUACAGAGGUGUCAAAGACCCUUCCUCGAUGGCCUGCACAAGGCCGCCGUCAGCUCCAAGAAAUCUCGUCUCACUGAUCAACGACACUGCUCUUUUCUUGCAAUGGAUGCCUCCCAUCAACACGGGAGGAAGAAGUGACAUCACCUACAACGUUCUGUGCCAACGAUGUGAUGGAGGUGACAGUAUCGUGACCCAAUGUGAGCCAUGUGAACCAGAUCUGAGAUUUAUCCCACGACCGCUCGGUAUAACUGGCACCUCCGUGGCAAUACUGGAUUAUGCGAUUUAUGCCAAUUAUACCUUCCAUGUGGAGGCUGUGAAUGGUGUCUCCGGACUGGGUGUGGCUCCACGAUCACUGGCAAACGUUACCGUCAACACGCACCAAGCUGGUGAGUAGCAGAGCUGUUGUAAUUUACAACUUUUUCCACAUGACGGAUAUAAGGAUUUAAUGAAAGAAUCAAAA